UUGUUUAUGUCAUUGAUGUGGGAAGCCAAGUUCUGAAGUCCUAGAGGCUUGGCGUCGGAAGAGAGAGGGGCGAGGGACAAUGUGUGAGUCCGAGGAGCACACGUUGUUCCAUUCUGGGACCACCACCGUCUCUCCUCCAUGACAACCAUCAACCUCACUCUCUUCCGGCUGCCCUUUGCAAUCAACCAAGCAUCUCAGGGAUUGGAAAUACCCGGAUAUACUUAUUGCUCCCAAUCCACCUCAAGAGGAAGAAAGAAGUCUUUGAGAUUCAUGUGCUGAUUUAGAUAUUGGAAAUAGGUAUUGAGAGCUUCCUGGAUUCAUUUUUAGCAUGAAAAGGGGACCAGGGAAUGAUGGCUGGCCCUCUGUUGUGCACCUUCAUGUCAUUAAAAAAUCAGAACCCCGCUUUUGCAUAUUCCCAAAAGUGAAAUCGGUUGACGACAAUCCAGAGAGUGUACCUGUCUAUCUCAAUGUGUAUGAUUUGACACCCGCAAAUGGGUACUUGUACUGGGCGGGCCUUGGUGUUUUUCACGCUGGGGUUGAAGUUUAUGGAGUAGAGUAUUCCUUUGGAGCCCAUGAUUGUCCUACUAGCGGUGUCUUUGAUGUUGAACCUCGCCAGUGCCCAGGAUUCAAGUUUAGGAAGUCAAUAUUCAUGGGAACGACAAAUUCGAAUCCUUUCAAAAUUAGAGAAUUCAUGGAGCAACAGUCAGCUAAUUACCAUGGUAAUACUUAUAACUUGAUGGUCAAGAACUGCAACCAUUUCUGUGCGGAUAUAUGCCAAAGGCUCACAGGGAAUUCAAUACCUAAAUGGGUCAAUCGCCUAGCAAGAUUAGGUUCUGUAUGUAACUGUUUACUCCCUGAUGCCCUCAGAACUUCAACCCCUCAAGAAGAUCCCAACAUUCAAGGGCGUGAUGGUAAGAAAAAGCUGCGUGCCGCUUUUAGUUGUUUUUCAUCAAUGUCAAGGCCCCAGAAGCUCCAGAGGAAAGAAUCAAAAUCUCCAUUAAUUCAACGCUCUCAAAAUAAAGGUUUCCUAAGAGCAUGGAGGACUAGAAAGGGUUCACGAAAGGAAGGAUGAGAUUCUACUUAGCUCUCUUUCUAGGAAGACGGAACCACUGUUAAAUGAAGAAAACAUCCUUUCCUCUAGGAGUGCAGAAAUUGUCGAACAAAAUUUGUUUUCCAUACUUCUCUUGGCUAAUUUUGGCCUUGUCUAAUGAAGAACUUGUCAGAUAUAUUUCUGUGCAAGUUCUACGCAAGCUCAAUGACAAAAACAACUCUUUGUGGAAA